AUGACAUCCUACCUCGAACCCCGCGAACGCCGCAGCCCGGCACCGGUCUCGAUUCCGCUAGAGGACCUCGAGUCUGCCUCCACAGCUAGCAGCACAGAUCAGCCCUCCCGCUGGAACACAUUCUCUCAAUUUCAUCCGUCAAAUAUACUAGCCAGCCCACAUGGUUCGACCGCGUCGCAAGAGGACUGGCUGACCAGUGCGGAGGACGCAUUCCUCAGAUUGACUAUCGCAUUCACACCCAGUUUCCUCCAAAAAUAUGUCGGCGUGGAGCCAGACGAGCCAACAAAACUUCACGCGAUCGCUGCGCUCGACGGGCUGCGAGGCUGGGCUUGUUUACUCGUCUUCAAUUUUCACUUUCUCUUCGCUUAUACAUGGAAAGUCGCAGUCGGAUGGGGGUUUGCAGGCGAAAACUGGGGAAUCCAUCAAUUACCCAUUAUCCACAUGCUGAUCUCGGGGCAUAUUAUGGUGGCUAUUUUCUUCGUCAUCUCGGGCUACGUGCUUUCCUACAAACCUCUCAAAACCAUCAGGUCUCGUUCCUUUGACCAGACUUUCACUGUUCUAGCGUCUUCAACUUUCAGGCGGGCAUUGCGCCUUUACAUCCCGUCUAUUGUCGGUCUUGCUUGCGUCUUUAUCGCUGUUCGGCUUGGUAUCUACAAUUAUUCAUGGGGAGUGAUCAAGGAAGGCCGCACAAUUGUUGGCACGAAUGAACAGCACCCACCAGUCUUCAAAUCCCUCUACAAACAAUCUUGGGACUGGUACUACACAGUGGCCCACCUGAUGAAUCCGUUCGAUUGGUCACUCUACUACAAUAAUUACAACCCCCACCUCUGGACCAUUCCGGUUGAGUUCCGCUGCUCACUUGUUCUCUUUCUUACAACCCUGGCCACCUCACGUCUGGUCUCUCCCGUGCGAAUGACCCUCGUCGCAUCUUUGACUUGGUUCUGUAUGCGAUACGGUCGGUGGGACAUUGUGUUGUUCUUGGUGGGCAUGCAAAUGGCCGAAAUUGAUCAGAUCAAUGGAACCUGGGAACGGCCAGCAUCAGCAAGAACGAAUGACAACUUGCACAUUCGUUUCCCCCCAAGUGGUAAAACCUUCGCCACAAUCUCGCGCCGCCGCUUCUGGAUCGGAGUUUUCGUGGUCGGCCUUUACAUCGGCUCGUGUCCUAACCUGGGCUUCAAAUGGACGCCCGGGUACAGGUGGCUUUGGAGCAUCACGCCCUGGACCUACGGAGAGCUUCACCGGUUCCCGCAAACCAUCGGCGCUGCUUUGAUCGUCUUUAGCAUAAACCAUUCACCCGACAUCCAGAAGCUCUUCACCAACCCUCUGUCGCAAUACCUGGGCAAAAUAUCUUAUGCAUUCUACAUUGUACACGGACCCAUCCUCCACUCGUUGGGAUAUUCUCUCAUGCCAAACAUCUGGGAAAUUACCGGCAAAGAAACAAACUUUCAGUAUUGUCUCGGUUUCUUGAUUGGAUGGCUGAUUUGCUUGCCUGUCUCGAUCUGGGCGGGUGAUGUAUUUUGGCGCCUUGUUGAUAUUCCCAGCGUGAAAUUUGCGCGCUGGCUUGAAGACCAGCUUAUAGCCAAGGGUGCUUCCGCAUCUGCGACACCGAGCCUCUCGACCCCAAGAGCGCAAACCCCCCGCACGCAAUGA